AUGGCAGACUUUCAACCCAAGAGUAUCCUUAUCUUUGGCGCAACAGGUACCAUCGGCCGGUACAUCACCAAUGCGAUAGCAAAUGCUCAGCCCGCGUUCGGCCAAGUCACCAUCUUUACUUCCAAGGACACCGUUGCCAGAAAACAUGACUUUAUUGAAGAGCUCAAGUCAAAGAAUGUCAAGAUCAUCACAGGAGAUAUAAACAAUGAGGAAGACGUCAAAAAAGCAUACAAAGGUAUCGACACUGUCGUUAGUGCCGUUGGCAGAAACGUCAUCGAGACGCAAAUCAACCUCUUCAAGAUCGCAGCAGAAUCCGACUCUGUGAAAUGGUUCUUUCCUUCUGAAUACGGCACCGAUGUGGAGUAUGGCCCUCAGAGGGCCGACGAGAAGCCGCAUCAGCUGAAGCUCAAGGUACGAAAGUACAUCCGAGAGAAUGCGAAUGGCCUCAAAUAUACUUUUGUGGUUACGGGGCCAUACAUUGACAUGUACUUUACUCUCACACCCGGGGUCCCUGAAGCAGGGGGGUUUGAUCAUAUUGGAAAAAAGGUUGUUUUGGUUGAUAAUGGACAACGCAACAUUGGAUUCACAACAAUGCCUGAUGUUGGUAAAUCUGUGGUGGCGGCUCUUCGUCACCCUUCCGAAUCAUUCAACAAGGCACUCAAAGUUCAGUCUUUUGUUGCAACACAGCAACAGAUCCUGAAAGAGCUUGAGAAGCAGACUGGAGGCGAGCCAUGGGCUGUCACGAACUACACUCUUGAUGAGUUGAGGGAGGCAGAGAAGAAGGGUUGGGCCGAAGGAAACUCCAGUUCUACUUUGUAUACACUUCGACGAAUUUGGUCUGAGGGUGGGACACUUUACGAGAAGACGGAUAACGAAAAGAUUGGAUUGAAGGACGAAAACCUUGAGACUCUCGAGGAUGCUGUUCAUAGAAGGUUGACAACUGGAUACUGA